UCAUUUCUGAUUGGAAUGGAGACCCAUACCUUCCUCUCCUCCUCGGAGAGGAAUUCUUUACUUAAGUAAUUGAUAUUGGGGAAAACAACCUCUUUUGUUGUUAUUGUUCUUCCUCAGGACAAAAUAUUUCACAUUUGAAAUAGCCAUUACCUUUCCCUCUUCCUACUUUUUCCUGCCCCAAAGCAAAUGGAAACUUUUCUUUAUUUCCUAGAUCAACUCUUAUGGAAUUCUGUUUGCCUGAAUCACAGGAUACGACUUCUUCCUCCACCUCCUCUGUGCUUGUGGCUCGGGAGCCUGUUCUACCCUGUUGUUGCUGUAGGAAGGCAAAACAUUCUACGAAUGACAGCAGCUCCUCCGGAUCAUUAUGCAACAACUCCAGCCUGUCCCACCUUUCCAUCUUUUCUAAAGGAACAACCCGGCAAAUACAGAGCCAUAGUUUACCUAUUCUACCCCAAAACCAGUCUUCCAUGUUCAGGAACCAAGGCACAGCCCUGCCUCCUCUUCAGCUCUCAGAGUUUGGGAAAUCAAAACUUCUACAGAAUUUGGCAGCUCUUUCACCCUUAAGAUCCCAAAACUCUUUUAUCAACUCUGUGUUCGAAUCCCCAGAUCUCUGCCAACAAGAAAAAACAAAGAAUGGGGGAGAGAGCAAGAGUCAUUUGACAUUGGAUCAUGGGCCAGAUUUUAUUUUCACCAAGGCAAGACCAUGAUUCUCGGGGUGGGCUCCAAUCCGGCUCUCUCCUUUGGCUAGGUGGGAGUUAGAGGGACAUAUGGCUUGGAAGGUUUAUACUUUGAGGGAACAAACAGUGCCUCUGCCUGUAAGGGAAUCAUGGGCAAUGCUGAAUUAUUUAAUUGAGGCACAAGGAGGAGUUCCCAAACCACAGAAACCUCAAAUCCAGGUCUCUAUGCCCAUUCAUCAAAGCACUGAACAAAGUCUCUACAAUAAAUUCCCAAACUGUCCAUCAUUUCAGCUCCAUGUGAAUACUGGAGUGGAAUCUGGAUCAAAUCGAACAGAAACAAAAAUUUCACAGUCACUUAUCCCAGGUAAGCAGCCACAACUUGGGGAUGGCCCGCAAAUCCUUGAAUCCAGGCCCUUAGUUACAUCAUUGGGCACUCCGCUUCCCAAAAGUUUAGGAGCUGAUGUAAUUCCAGAGAAAACCACUGGACUGCAGAAGGAGCCAAAACAUGUUCUAGAACUUAAUAUAGAACAGAGGGUCAUAGGUCUUCUGGAAAAAAGGAUUCAGCAGCAUAAGUCCCACAUGACUCAUGUGGAAUUGACCCCAAGGCUACCAUGUCAAGUUACAGAGAGCAUAAAGGUAACUCCUUUAGCAUUACUUCAAGUCAUGGCUUCAAAGGGGAUGAUCCCAGAAUCGCAUUCAGAAGUGAUAGAAUCUGUGGGUUUGUUCCCACAGCCACCAGACAAAGUUGGGAAACCAAUGGAAACCACAAAAAAAGCGAGUGUAAGCACUAAACCAUCCUAUCAAGUCACUAAACCAGUGGAGGUAACACCAAGUGCUCAGCAUCAAGUUAUGGAAUCCAAGAUGACCUCCAGACCCCUGAACCAAGUCACAGAUAAUGUGACGGUAACUCUUGCAGCAUUGCUUCAAGUCAUGGAUUCUAUGGGGAUGAUUAAUGAGUCACAUCCACAUAUCGUAAAACCAGUGGGAAUAACCCCAAGAACACCAUCUCGAGCCAUGAAAUCAGGGGAAAUAACCAUAUCAUUGGACCAUAAAGUCAUACCAUCAGGAAAGAUGCACCCAAAGGCACAAUAUACAGUUGUGGAAACUGUGGCAAUGACUUUUGGGGCACAUCCGGAAGUUACUGAAUCAGUGAAUAUAACCUCAAAGCCACAAAGUCAAAUCACAGGACCAGUGAAGAUUCCUCCAGGGCCAGUAUGUCAAAAUACAAGAUCAUUGGAAAUGAUCUCCAGUCCAUUGCAUCAAGUUACUGAUUACACGAAAGUUACUCCAGUGGCACUAUUACAAGCUAUGGAUUUCAUGGGAAUAGUUCCACCAGCACUGCCACAUGUUAUAGAAUCUGGAGAUUCACAGUCUAAAAUUGCAACUUUGGCCCCAGGAGCAGCUCAACCAGUUAGUUUGACAUCUUCUAGCUCUCCUCCUACUAUUGGUCCACCUGGAGUUGUAGGAUCUGUGGGUUUACCUCCAAAGCCACCACUUAAAGUCACAGAAUCAGUAGGGAUGAUUCCAAUGCCAUCACAUCAAUCCAUACAUUCUUUAAAGGUAACUCCAGUAGCACUGGGGUCAUCCAUGGGAAUGAUCAUAACACCACAAUCACAAGUUGCGGAAACUCAGGAUUUGCCCUCAAGGCCAGUAUCUCAAGUCAGGAAACCUCUGGAGUUGACUCCUGGGUCAUGGAUUCAAGUGCAAGACUCUGUGGAGAUGACUCCACAACCAUAUGUUCAAGGCACAAAAACUACAGCAUUAACCCCAGGGCUACCUCAUCAAGUCAUGGAAUCUCCAAGUUUGACCCCAUGGCAUCAGAUCUUAGAAUCUUCAGAGAUGAGUCCAAGGCAAAGCCAUCAAAUGAUGGAAACUAUGGGGUCAGCUACUGACCCCAUAACCAGAAAUCUGACUGAGUCAAAACAGUCACAUCAUCAAAUAAUGGAACAUUUAGGGACAGCCCCAAGAUCACUGGGUCAAAAGAACAGCAUCUAAGGAAAUGAGCCAAAAGCCACUGCAUCAAGUCACAGAAUCUGCAGUAAUGACCACCACAUCUCUACUUCCAGGUAACAUUUCUUAUAAAAUUGUCUCCCAGCUAGAGAAACCAGAUGAAAAAUCUAUGGGGUUGACUCCUGAGUCACAGUUGCCAAGUGUAAACUAUUCUGAGUUGGCUAGAAGAACA